CCUACGCUCGGCUCAAACGCAGUCUGCCCGUGACUCGGGCACAACGCUUGUUAAACUCCUCCACUUAAACCUUGCCUAGUGUUGUGUGAUUCUAUUAAUAGUACAUCGAUCAAGUCAUCAUGAUUAUCUACUUGGUGGGGAUCGUGGUGUUCCUCGUGCUGGUGCAUUACCUCAGCCAGGUCUUCUCCAGAUUCUAUCGCUAUGGAGUCAAGUUCGACAUGCCUUUGCCCAUAAUAGGGAACAUGGCUGACAUGCUGCUGCGCAGGAAGCACAUUGUUGAUGCUUUACAGGAAAUCUACAACAGAUAUAGUAAAGAGAGAUUUAUUGUCAGAUAUGAAUUCUCAAACCCGAUAGUCAUAGUCCAUGAUAUUGAACUGGUUAAAAAGAUAACAGUCAAAGAUUUCGAACAUUUCCUCGACCAUCGGUCCAUAUUCAGCAACAGCGACUCAUAUUUUGGUCGUAACUUGUUUUCUAUGAAGGGUCAAGAAUGGAAGGACAUGAGAUCAACAUUGAGUCCAGCUUUCACGAGCUCCAAGAUUCGCUUGAUGGUGCCAUUCAUGGUUGAAGUGGGCGAUCAGAUGAUAUUGGCAUUAAAACAAAAAUUGAAGGACUCGAAAGCUGAUACGUUAGAAGUAGACGUCAAGGACAUGACGACCCGGUUUGCUAACGACGUGGUUGCAACAUGUGCUUUUGGACUGAAAGUGGACUCUCAUCAUGAUCCGGAGAAUAGCUUCUACGUUAUGGGAAAAAAGAUAUCCACAUUUACAUUCCGUCAGAUUUUAACGUUCUUCUUUUUGAUGAAUCUACCGAAACUUGCCAAGCUUAUGAAAUUGGAUUUCCUUACUGAAGAAGGAAAAUUGUUUUUCAAAGACUUGUUUAUGGGAACUAUGAGGGACCGUGAAGAACGUAACAUUAUCAGACCUGAUAUGAUUCACUUGCUCAUGGAAGCCAAGAAAGGAAAAUUAACCCAUGACGAAGUGAAGACUAACGACACAGCUGCAGGAUUCGCGACAGUAGAGGAAUCUUCGGUUGGACAAACAAAAAUUAAUAGAGUCUGGACGGACCACGACCUCAUAGCUCAAGCAGUGCUGUUCUUCAUUGCUGGUUUCGAAACCGUAUCAUCAGGUAUGUCAUUCCUGCUGUAUGAGCUGGCUGUCAACCCUGAUGUCCAGGAUCGAUUAGCACAGGAAAUCAAGGAAGUCGACGCCAAAAACAAUGGAAAGAUAGACUUCAAUUCAAUACAGAAUAUGGUAUAUAUGGACAUGGUUGUCUCAGAGCUUUUGAGAAUGUGGCCACCUGGUAUCGCCCUUGACAGGAUAUGCGUUAAAGAUUACAACCUGGGAAAACCCAACGAUACCGCUGAACGUGAUUUUAUUGUCCAGAAAGGUACGGGUAUCUCAAUACCUGUAUAUGCCUUCCAUCGGGAUCCUAAGUUUUUCCCAAACCCCAACAAAUUCGACCCUGAGAGGUUCUCCGAAAAGAACAAACAUCUGAUUUCGACGUUCGUUUACAUGCCUUUUGGUUCUGGACCCAGAAAUUGUAUAGGGUCGAGAUUUGCUCUCUUCGAGAUUAAAGUGUUGACGUAUCAGAUUCUUCAGCACUUCGUCCUCUCCCCUAGUGCUAAAACAUGUAUUCCUGCAGAGUUAUGCAAAGAAACCUUUAAUAUAAAGCUCAAAGGAGGACAUUGGCUUGACUUCCAAAUUAGAACUUACGGGACUUUUAAACGUCAAAUAGAUAGACGACAUUAUGUCAAUGUGUUUGCUUAUAUUUACUUCUUUUUGCAGAAAAUGAUAAUAUUCUUAAUAUGGGUGGCGGUACUGAUCGCAGUGCUGGUGCUAUACCUGCGCCAGGUCUACUCCAGGUUCUCUAGAUAUGGAGUCAAGUUCCUCAAGCCAGUGCCGUUGCUAGGCAACAUGGGUCGGGUCCUAUUCCGAAGGGAACACUUUGCUUACGAUAUUCUCAAUUUGUACAGGACAUUUCCUGAAGAGAGAUUUGUAGGAAGAUUUGAAUUCUUGAAUGAGAUGGUAAUGAUCCGGGACAUAGAGUUGAUCAAGAAGAUUACUGUAAAAGACUUCGAGUACUUCUUGGAUCAUCGCACCCUGGGAUCUGAUUCAGUGUUCGGAAGGAGCUUGUUCUUUUUGAAAGGUCAAGAAUGGAAGGACAUGCGUUCAACACUGAGUCCAGCAUUCACGAGUUCCAAGAUACGUCUGAUGAUUCCAUUCAUGGUGGAUGUUGGGGACCAGAUGACGGAAACUUUGAAAAGGAAAAUUAAAGCAUCUAAGGAUGGCUACUUAGACGUAGAUUGCAAAGAUCUGACGACACGAUACUCGAACGACGUCAUAGCGUCCUGCGCCUUCGGGCUGAAAGUCAACUCUCAUACCGAGGUAGACAACCAGUUCUACACGAUGGGCAAAGAAGCUACCAACUUCAACUUCCGACAAAUGAUCAUGUUCUUUCUGCUUGUCAACAUGCCGAAGGUCAUAAAGUUCAUGAAAUGGGAAAUGAUAUCAGAAGUUCCUAGGACAUUCUUUAGAAAUUUGGUUCUGGAUACAAUGAAAGAUCGUGAGCUGCGACACAUCAUAAGACCUGAUAUGAUACAUCUGCUGAUGGAAGCUAAAAAAGGGAAACUGUCUCAUGAAGAUGUUCAACCAAAUGAUGCCGCCGCUGGAUUUGCAACUGUUGAAGAAUCUUCAGUUGGACAGAAGGAAUUGAAUAGAGUAUGGCAUGAUGAUGACUUGAUAGCCCAAGCAGUUCUAUUCUUCGUGGCAGGAUUUGAAUCAGUAUCUUCCACAAUGUCGUUCCUUCUGUAUGAGCUAGCUGUGAACCCUGAUGUUCAGGAGCGCUUGGCUCAAGAAGUCAAAGAGCAUGACAUCAAGAACGGCGGCAAGUUUGACUUCACCUCUAUACAAAACAUGACUUACAUGGAUAUGGUGGUCUCAGAAUUGUUAAGAAGAUGGCCUCCAGCCGUUGCUAUGGACCGCGUCUGUAAUAGAGACUACAAUCUAGGCAAACCUAAUGACAAGGCAGAAAAGGAUUUCAUUUUGCGUAAAGGGACAUGUGUAAUGAUGCCGACCUUCGCGUUUCAUCAAGACCCUGAGUUUUUCCCGGACCCAGAGAAGUUUGACCCUGAACGAUUCUCCGAAGAGAACAAGCACAGGAUCCAGCCACUCUCAUACAUGCCGUUUGGAUUAGGACCUAGGAAUUGUAUUGGUUCAAGAUUUGCGCUCUGCGAGUUAAAAGUGAUGACGUACCAGGUGCUGCGUCAGAUGGUGUUGUCUCCUUGUGAGAGGACCUGCAUCCCCGCUGAGCUCUCCACAGACAGCUUCAAUAUCCGACUGCAAGGCGGGCACUGGCUGAGGUUCAAACUCCGAGAGUAG